GUCUCAGCUUCCACACUGUGUUCGGCCGCGCAGCUUUCGCCGUACGCUCAGCCUGCGAUUAAUAAUUUAAAAAGUAUAAACAAAAUUCUAUAUUUGAAAUUCAAGUGAAUAAUUCUGGAAUAUUUAUUGUUAAUUUUGUGUAAUUGUGCAAAAUGGUUCGAAAAAUUAGUGCGCUGUUAUGUUGUCUAUGCGUUUUUGGUAUUUCAUUGAGUGACAGCGCGAUAUCAUCUGAUAAUGAAAAAAGAUGCCGGAAUCCGCCCACAGCUCCGCAAAAGAUCGAAAGAGUCAUAACCUUAUGUCAAGAUGAAAUCAAACUAUCUAUACUUCGAGAGGCUUUAGACGUCAUUAAAGAGGAGCACACGAUGCCGGCAGAGAGGCGGCGGAACAAGCGAGAGGUGCCAUUUUCACACGACGAAAAACGUAUCGCUGGAUGUUUGCUGCAGUGCGUUUACCGGAAAGUGAAAGCUGUGGACGGUUAUGGCUUCCCGACUCUCGAAGGCUUGGUGGGACUGUACUCGGAUGGCGUGAACGAGCGAGGAUACUUCAUGGCUGUGCUAGAAGCAUCCAGAGAGUGUCUCAUGAGGAAUCAUGACAAAUUCUCCAGGACAAUGCCCAUGGAUAAUGGCCGAAACUGCGAUGUCUCAUUUGACAUAUUCGAGUGCAUAUCUGAUCGGAUUGGCGAAUAUUGCGGUAACUCUGGUCUCUAAACAAUUUACCUCG